AUUGCACAUUCCCCUAGCAAGAUUUUUUGCCCUCCUGCCACCCUUCGAUCAGAAUCCGAACAGAGGCAGUAAUUAUACCUUAUUAGUGCGGCGCGUGUACUUUUCGGUUUCGGUAGAUUCUCAUGAACUUGGCCACUUUGGUCAGUUAAGCAGAAUUGUAGUUUAACUCGGCGGUGGGGGUAACUGACUGCAAGUCAGAGGCCAAUUAAAAGUUGGCAACCACCAACCUAUGUCUGGCGGAAAUUAUCUCCGCGCGUUAUCGUUUGGUGAAGUUUUUGUGUUUGUCUUUCGGUGAGACCGGUUGUGACGUUUCGAGAGGUGGCCAGAAGUCCGCACGUCUAACGACUGACCGGUGGUGGCCUGUUCGCGCAUUAGUUGCUCAGGAACGGCUCACAGAGCACGCGGUAGUUUUGCACAGUAGUUGGGCUCUGUAAUUGUGAAUUAAACGUGCCGUCGUGAAAUAAGGAUAGUUCAGAAUGAAAAGUUUAAUAGUGCUAAUGGUGAUUUGUGCGUCCGUUGUCGCUGGACAUUGGAAGGCUCCCAGGAAUUCCGGAAUGCCCUACAAUGCCACCUGCAUCAACCCGAAACGUGACGCCGGUCGUUGCAUUCUGGUACAAGAGUGCCCAAUUGUGCUGGCCACCAUUCGGAAGGAAAAUCUCCACAUGGAUGACAUCAGUUUUCUCUACCAAAGCGAGUGCGGAAAGUUGAAACGUAAAAGUUUAGUUUGCUGUCCAAACCAUUCCAUUGGCACCUCGGCAGCUGCGGCAUCUCCGGAAGAGACAAGUUCUUCGUUCGACACGUCCAACCGAGUGGAUGGCAGCAGCACUGCCAAGUUGGACCAGUGGAAGCUGCUGCCGACGCCGGGAGAUUGCGGUGUUCAACCGAGUUAUCAACUGUUCGGCGAGAAUGUUACCAAACUGGACGAACAACCGUGGACGGCACUGGUGCACUUUGGGAAUUUGCCUUAUGAGACAACAUUCGAAUGCGGAGGGGCGCUUAUCAGCUCUCGUUACGUGCUGACCGCGGCUCACUGCGUAAUUGAUAGGAGCAAAUGGAGCAACUUGACGAUCCGUCUCGGAGAAUGGGACACGGAAGCGACGGUAGAUUGCAUUGCCAUCCAGGACUACAAUGAAUUCUACUGUGCCGAUCCGGCGGUGGAUGUCCCAGUGGAGAAGGUUUUCAUUCAUGAACAGUACGCUCGCCAUCAAAGGCCCCAGCUAAAUGAUAUAGCACUGUUGCGGUUGGCUCAACCGGUAGAUACUACAGCAUGGAUCCGUCCAGUGUGUCUUCCGGAGAGACCUGUGUUGCCGGCGUCGGAUGAGGUUCUUAUCUUAGCUGGAUGGGGCAACAAUGGAUGCGGAUAUAACAGCCGCUACAAGGUACGCUCCCGACUGAACGCACUAAAGCAGGACCAAUGCCGGGGCUACCUCCCUCCGGGUUUCCGUCGGGCCAACGAAUAUCUCUGCACGGCCCCGGUUAACGCAGGCGAAAAGUGUCAUGCCGAUUCGGGUGGAGCAGUGACAAGAACGCGCCAAGUCGAAGGAGUGGGAAUCGUUCACGAGGUGGCUGGAAUAUUGAAUCACAUGGUGGAGUGUCACGAGAGUCGCCCGGUUGGAGUAUUUUCCAGCGUGGGUCAGUACUUGGAGUGGGUUGUUGGAAAAUUGGAGAAAUAAAAUUUCCGGAAGGGUCCGUUCAGAUAACGCUAA